AUGAACACUUCGUCCAAGAAAAUCGCCUUCCUGGCCGCCGCACUGUUAUUAAUCGCGAUCAUCGGUUACACGGCUGCGGACAUGGCGAACGUGGCGAUAUGCAUCAGAAACUGCGCGCAAUGUAAGAAGAUGUUGGGCGACUAUUUCGAGGGGUCGCUGUGUGCGGACACCUGCGUCAAGUUCAAAGGCAAGAUGAUACCGGAUUGUGAAAAUAUCGAAUCCAUUUCACCGUUCCUCAACAAGCUCGAGUGAUCUGCGCCGCGAUUCCGGAAUUCGAGUAUAGUAGUUAAACAAUAAACAUUCAUGUAUAGUCGAUAGUAUGAUAUUAUUAAUUUAUAACGUGUACGCGGUUUUUGGUUAAUUCGAUAAAUAAAUUAUAUUCGUUACGAGUAAAAUAAAA